CUCAUUUCAUCACAACACAAUCAUCCCUUUUCUCUCUUCAUAAAAGUUGAUUGAAAAAUAAGUCAUCAUGUCUGUUACUCUGGAUGUUCAGGUUCCUUCUCAAUAUCCUGCCGAUAAGGUUUUUAAGGUUAUUAGUGAUUUUGACAACCUCGCACCUAAGGUUAACCCUCAAUUUAUCAAGUCCAUUGAGACAGUACAAGGGAAUGGAGAUGUUGGAACUAUAAAGAACCUCACGUUUGGUGAUGCUGUCCCAUACAAAAGUGCAAAAUACAAGGUUGAUGCCGUAGAUCCCAGCAACUAUAGCUAUGACUACUCAGUCAUCGAAGGUGACAGCCUGAUAGGUAUACUAGACUCAAUCAAUCAUCAUGUUAAGAUUGUGCCUUCUUCUAACGGAGGAAGUGUGUACACACAAACCGUUAUCUAUAAUUGUAAAGGUGCGGAGAAACCAUCCGAAGAGUUUCUUAAGAAAGAGAAAGAGGUGUACGAGAACAGCUACAAGGCUAUUGAAGCCUACGCCGCUGCUCAUCCUGAAGUUUAUUAAUAAUUAUAACUCACUCGAUGUAUUUUGCUUGCUUUUCAGUAUGGUUUGAAAUAAUGGACAAGGUACCAGUUGAAUAAGUGGUGUACAACUCGAUGUAUUUUGCUUUUUAGUAUGGUUUGAAAUAUUGGACAAGGUUCCUGCUGUAUGAAUAGUUGCUGUACCAUGUUUCAGUUUGAUGCUAUAUAUAAAAAUAAGUAGUCAUUCUAUAAUGACUUAUAAGAGUU